AUGUUCCGUAGAUUACGGGCUCUCUGGAGCCCUGCACGACGCGUGACUCAUUCCGCAAAGUCCGCGUCAGCCAUGUCGCCUGCUGACGUGUACGAGGGCCUGUUUUCCCCACGUACGCCGAUGCCGACACGUGUCUCUCGCAUGCUAUUUGAUCGGCUACUGCGAUUCGCGCCUCCCGAGCCGCUGCUGCCGAUUCUUAUAGCAAAUGCCGCGGGGUUUUAUACGGGCAUCACACUCGCUGCAAUCACAGAACAACGAUACAAGGAGGCGUAUUGGGAAGAGCACCCAGGGGAGGCCGUGCCUCUGAUGCGUUCGUCGCUGUAUUUUGGCAAGUACAGAAUACGAAGAGAGGACUUCAGCGAGGAGGGGGAGGCUGGUACUGGGGGGGGUGGUUCUGGUGCUGCAGGGGCAGGUGGGUCUGGUGCUGCUGGGACAAUUGGUGCUGGGGGCGGUGGGUCUGGCAAUGGAAGCAGCAGCAGUGGUGGUGAGAGCAGCAGAUAA